GGUCAGGCGGGCAGCAAGAUGCUGGAUGGACGCCGCUCCCUGGCAUGGCUACCGCUGGCACUCCUAGUGCUGCACUGCACGGGCCCCGCCGCUGCUUACUUCGGGCUGACGGGGAAUGAACCAUUGACCAUCCUCCCUCUGACUUCAGAAACGGAGGAAGCCGCUGGCAAAGCGCAUUACAAAAUCUGUGACCGGCUCAAACUCGAGCGAAAGCAGCGCAGGAUGUGCAGACGUGACCCCGGGGUAGCAGAGACCCUCAUGGAGGCAAUUAGCAUGAGCGCGCAGGAGUGCGAAUACCAGUUUCACUUCGAACGUUGGAACUGCACCCUGGAAGGGAGAUACCGAGCCAGUUUACUUAAACGAGGUUUUAAAGAAACGGCGUUCCUUUAUGCCAUCUCUUCGGCAGGACUCACCCACGCUAUGGCCAAAGCUUGCAGCGCGGGGCGCAUGGAGCGCUGCACGUGUGACGAGGCUCCGGAUUUGGAGAAUAGGGAGGCCUGGCAGUGGGGGGGCUGCGGGGAUAACUUGAAAUACAGUAACAAGUUCGUCAAGGAAUUUCUGGGGAAGAAAAACAGCAAAGACCUUCGAGCCCGAGUGGACUUGCACAACACCAAUGUGGGAAUCAAGGUUAUCAAAGCCGGAGUGAAGACCACUUGCAAAUGUCACGGUGUAUCCGGAUCUUGCACGGUUCGUACCUGUUGGAGACAACUGUCGCCCUUUCACGAGAUCGGCAAACAGUUAAAGCUAAAAUACGAGACUUCCCUAAAAGUUGGAAGCACCACCAACGAAGCUACGGGAGACGGGGACAUUUCUCCCCCCAAAAAACCCGUUUCUGGGCACAGCGACCAAAUUCCAAGGACUACAGACCUGAUUUACAUUGAUGACUCUCCAAGUUUCUGUCGGAUGAGCAAGUACUCGCCAGGAACCUCUGGACGGAGAUGUUACAAAGACAAGAACUGCGAAAGCAUCUGCUGCGGCCGAGGACAUAAUACUCAGAGCAAGGUGGUAACCAGGCCGUGCCAAUGCCAGGUUCGCUGGUGCUGCUACGUGGAGUGCAAACAGUGCACGCAAAGGGAGGAAGUUUAUACCUGUAAGGAUUAGCGACGGUUUGUAGACAACGUUACAAAGAGAGGCCACCAGCGGCGUACGGAGUCAAACAGGGUUUGAGUGACGUUAUGGGAUCGAAAGCACUUUGUAGGGUACAGAUUACCCAACUGUGUUGCUGAUUUUUUUUUUUUUUUUUUUUUGAGGCUGAGCUGGAAAACUUCUAUUAAGUGCCUUUGUGUAUAUAUUUUAUAUAUAAAUAUAGUGGACAUGAAGUGCCAACAUUUCAUAUAAAAUAAUACGCUCUUUAUCAUUCAUGCCGGCUUCGUUGAACAUCUAGAUAAAAUAACAAAAUUUUACAUGUAACCGACACCUGGAUCUUCUAGAAAAAUUGUUUUUAUUUUUGUUCUUUAAAAAAAAAACUGGAGAUAAAAAGGCUUAUUUCCCUGUGCCUUGGAAUGUUAUCCAGUCGAACACAAGGGUUGGUAACAAAAGCAUAAAGCAGGACAAAAUUGCAAUGACAAUUUUUUUUUUUUAAAUAUAAUAAUUGUACAGUAAACGGAAAA